UCUCUCUCUUCUGCAAAGCUUCAGAACUCUGGCAGAGAGAUAAAAGAUGAUGGGGUUUUUAACUUUAUCCUCCCCAAAUAAUUCUUCUUCCCUUCGUCUCCUCUCUUACACAACAGUCCCUACAUUUGUCCAAUUUCCUCUCUUUAAACCUCAUUUAAAGACUCUCUCUUUCUCUUUCUCUCUCCAUCUCUAUCUUACUCUGUAUUUCUGUCGUCUGAGCACUCAAUGAAACCACUGUAAAUUUCCGCCAGAAAAUGAUGUGAUGGAACGAUAAAAAUCAAUACUUUUUCUUCUCGGUUAAAGUAAAAAAAAGAAAACAAAUUUGAGUAGAAAUCAUAAAAAAAAUCUAAUGUCGGUACAUAAUUUGGUUCUCUUCUUCUCUAUCCUCUGUUUCUUCUUCUUCAUGGAGACUUAAAAGCUUUUUUUAGUGUAUCGAAAACGCAGUCGUUUUGAGACUGUGUCUGAGAGAAAAUGGCUCUGUUUCGAGAUGUUGUUCUUUUGGGUUUUCUUAUCUGUUUGAGCUUAGUGGCUACUGUGAAUUCUGACGAGGGAGCAACGUUGCUGGAGAUUAAGAAGUCAUUCAAAGAUGUGAACAAUGUUCUUUAUGACUGGACAGCUUCACCUUCUUCGGACUAUUGUGUAUGGAGAGGUGUGACUUGUGAAAAUGUCACCUUCAAUGUUGUUGCUCUUAAUUUGUCAGAUUUGAAUCUUGAUGGAGAAAUCUCACCUGCUAUUGGAGAUCUCAAGAGUCUCUUGUCAAUUGAUCUGCGAGGUAAUCGUUUGUCUGGGCAAAUUCCUGAUGAGAUUGGAGACUGUUCUUCUUUGCAAAACUUGGACUUGUCCUUCAAUGAAUUAAGUGGUGACAUACCGUUUUCGAUUUCGAAGUUGAAGCAACUUGAGCAGCUGAUUCUGAAGAAUAACCAAUUGAUAGGACCGAUCCCUUCAACGCUUUCGCAGAUUCCAAACCUGAAAAUUCUGGACCUGGCACAGAAUAAACUCAGUGGUGAGAUACCAAGACUUAUAUACUGGAAUGAAGUUCUUCAGUAUCUUGGGUUGCGAGGAAACAACUUGGUCGGUAACAUUUCUCCAGAUUUGUGUCAGCUGACAGGUCUUUGGUAUUUUGACGUGAGAAACAACAGUUUGACUGGUAGUAUCCCUGAGACGAUAGGAAAUUGCACUGCCUUCCAGGUUUUGGACUUGUCCUACAAUCAGCUAACUGGUGAGAUCCCUUUUGACAUCGGCUUCCUGCAAGUUGCAACAUUAUCAUUGCAAGGCAAUCAGCUUUCUGGGAAGAUUCCAUCAGUGAUUGGUCUCAUGCAAGCCCUUGCAGUGUUAGAUCUAAGUGGCAACUUGUUGAGUGGACCUAUUCCUCCGAUUUUGGGAAAUCUGACUUUCACCGAGAAAUUGUAUUUGCACAGUAACAAGCUGACUGGUUCAAUUCCGCCUGAGCUUGGAAACAUGUCAAAACUCCAUUACCUGGAACUCAACGAUAAUCAUCUCACGGGUCAUAUACCACCGGAGCUUGGAAAGCUUACUGACUUGUUUGAUCUGAAUGUGGCCAACAAUGAUCUUGAAGGACCUAUACCUGAUCAUCUGAGCUCCUGCACAAACCUAAAUAGCUUAAAUGUUCACGGGAACAAGUUUAGCGGCACCAUACCUCGAGCAUUUCAAAAGCUAGAGAGCAUGACUUACCUUAAUCUGUCCAACAACAAUAUCAAAGGUCCAAUCCCGGUUGAGCUAUCUCGUAUCGGUAACUUAGAUACAUUGGAUCUUUCCAACAACAAGAUAAAUGGCAUCAUUCCUUCUUCCCUUGGUGAUUUGGAGCAUCUUCUCAAGAUGAACUUGAGCAGAAAUCAUAUAACCGGUGUAGUUCCAGGCGACUUUGGAAAUCUAAGAAGCAUCAUGGAAAUAGAUCUUUCAAAUAAUGAUAUCUCGGGCCCAAUUCCAGAAGAGCUUAAUCAAUUGCAGAAUAUUGUUUUGCUGAGACUGGAAAAUAAUAACUUAACUGGUAAUGUUGGUUCAUUAGCCAACUGCCUCAGCCUGACUGUAUUGAAUGUAUCUCACAACAACCUUGUAGGCGAUAUCCCUAAGAACAAUAACUUCUCAAGAUUUUCACCAGACAGCUUCAUUGGCAAUCCUGGUCUUUGCGGUAGUUGGCUAAACUCACCCUGUCAUGAUUCUCGUCCAACUGUACGAGUGUCAAUCUCUAGAGCAGCUAUUCUUGGAAUAGCUAUUGGGGGACUUGUGAUCCUUCUCAUGGUCUUAAUAGCAGCUUGCCAGCCGCAUAAUCCUCCUCCAGUUCUUGAUGGAUCACUUGACAAACCAGUAACCUAUUCAACCCCGAAGCUCGUCAUCCUUCAUAUGAACAUGGCACUCCACGUUUACGAGGAUAUCAUGAGAAUGACUGAGAAUCUGAGUGAGAAGUACAUCAUUGGGCAUGGAGCAUCAAGCACUGUAUACAAAUGUGUUUUGAAGAACUGCAAACCGGUAGCAAUUAAGCGGCUUUACUCUCACAACCCACAGUCAAUGAAACAAUUUGAGACCGAACUCGAGAUGCUAAGUAGCAUCAAGCACAGAAAUCUUGUGAGCCUACAAGCCUAUUCUCUCUCUCCAUUGGGGAGUCUCCUGUUCUAUGACUAUUUGGAAAAUGGUAGCCUCUGGGAUCUUCUUCACGGCCCUACGAAGAAAAAGACUCUUGAUUGGGACACACGGCUUAAGAUAGCAUAUGGUGCAGCACAAGGUUUAGCUUAUCUACACCAUGACUGUAGUCCAAGGAUCAUUCACAGAGACGUUAAGUCGUCCAACAUUCUCUUGGACAAAGACUUAGAGGCUCGUUUAACAGAUUUCGGAAUCGCGAAAAGCUUGUGUGUGUCAAAGUCACAUACUUCAACUUACGUAAUGGGCACGAUUGGUUACAUAGACCCCGAGUAUGCUCGCACUUCACGUCUCACUGAGAAAUCCGAUGUCUACAGUUAUGGAAUAGUGCUGCUUGAGUUGUUAACCCGAAGGAAAGCCGUCGAUGACGAAUCCAAUCUCCACCAUCUGAUAAUGUCAAAGACGGGGAACAAUGAAGUGAUGGAGAUGGCAGAUCCAGACAUCACAUCGACGUGUAAGGAUCUCGGUGUGGUGAAGAAAGUUUUCCAACUGGCACUUCUAUGCACCAAAAGACAACCUAAUGAUCGACCCACAAUGCACCAAGUGACUCGUGUCCUCGGCAGCUUCAUGUUGUCGGAACAACCACCUGCUGCGACAGACACCUCAGCAACGCUGGCUGGUUCGUGCUACGUCGAUGAGUAUGCAAAUCUCAAGACUCCUCAUUCUGUCAAUUGCUCUUCCAUGAGUGCUUCUGAUGCUCAGCUGUUUCUUCGGUUUGGACAAGUUAUUUCUCAGAACAGUGAGUAGUGUCAAUUACUUUUUUCUUAGGAGGAGAAUCUUUAAAACGGUAUCGUUUUGUUGCGUUAAGCAGGCUGUUAGAAAAUUAAUGUCUCAUGUAAAAAAAUUAUGCACUGCCUUGUUAUUAUUAGACAAGUGUGUGAAUAUAUCCUCAGACUGGCACUUAGACUUCC